UUAACGAGGACAGAUCCAUUGCCAUCAAUUCUGCCUGAACAACACGAGAAUGAACUCCUACCUUGAUUACUCGAUUUACAACCGCGGGACGAACGCCUUCGGUUCCAGGGUUGGAUGCCACCCAAUGGACCAGGGAUGCAUGCCCUCUCUAUCUCCAGGCUCUUGUGCAACCAGUGAUAGUUACAGUGCCGAGGGACGGCUCGCCUUAGGUGCGAAUUCUGCCUCGGCGUUACAUCAGCACCAAGGCACGACCUUCGCACAUCACCAGCACACGCCGCACCACGUGAACCUGGGUCUUCAAGUGGUUUCGAGUGGGAACCCUACUUACAGCGCACAGGUUUGCCCGAACGUAGACUACGGACACCAUCAAUACGUUUUGGGUCAGGAGCAGGAACUGAUGUUCUCCACAUCUGAAUUCUCCGUUCCAAACAUGGGAGCAAAUGUAGGUUCUUACGCACAGGGCGCCCCUGGGCCAAUGCCUAGCAGUCAAUAUCAGACAACUCGGUGUGGAGAGCAGGACCCAUCGCAAGGAUAUAACAACAUUUACUCCAAAUAUUCACCUACCCAAAACAAUGACAGUAACUUGAAUUGUAACUCAGAUCAAACUCAGUUCGGGAAAACUUUCGAUUGGAUGAAAGUUAAGAGAAACCCUCCAAAAACAGUUAAAGUCACUGACUACGGAAUCCAUGGACAACAGAACAUCAUCCGAACCAAUUUUACUACAAAGCAACUGACCGAGCUGGAGAAGGAAUUUCACUUCAACAAGUACCUGACGAGGGCCCGCAGAGUGGAGGUAGCUGCCUCUUUGGAUCUCAACGAAACACAGGUCAAAAUCUGGUUCCAGAAUAGAAGGAUGAAGCAGAAAAAGCGUGAGAAAGAAAGCAGGCCCUCUGUCGCCCUUGUGAAAAGAGGCUCUGCCAGCGACACGGGAAACAACACGGAUAACUCAGCCACUUCGUCCCCAAGUGGGUCACCAAGCUCGGACACAUCACUUCUAAGUUGAUUUAUGCAAGUAACGUUAGAGCAUAUGGACAUUUAAAUUAACUUCAUAGAAGUAAAGCCUUCUGACUUGACUUUUACCUUUGGCCCUAUUGGAGAGGAACGGGUUUUAAGUGCACAUUUGUGAGAUGCACUUUGGUGCCUAACGUUGUGGAAAUGAGGCUCCCAUUGAUGCUAAAUACAAAUUGCACAUUAUGUUUACCAUGUAACAUUGUGCUGUUUACUUGGUUGUGGACUCUACAUUGUUACACUAUUUGAGGUAGCUUGUUACUGGUCGAGAUGUAUGCAAUGCUCAGUGAGAAAGUUUGCACUACAUGCUGUAUUAAGAGAGAGAGAGAGAG